AUGUUAAGAGCUGUAAAGCCGAGAAAUGCAAGAUCAAAAAGGGAAAUUGAAAAACGGGAGCCUAAAAUACAGGAAUCUGGACGGACAGUUCUUUUUUUACGAGGAUCAACAACAAACAGAGUAAUUCAGACAGCACUUUUAGAUUUGUAUUUGUUAAAGAAACCUAAUGCAAUCAAUUUUUCUCGAAAAAAUAAGAUUUAUCCUUUUGAAGAUACAAGUUCAUUGAAUUUUUUAUCAGAAAAAAAUGAUGCAAGUUUUUUGGUUAUAGGAAGUUAUGGAAAGAAACGUCAGAAUACGUUAAUCUUUGUUCGUAUGUUUGACUAUCAAGUUCUUGAUAUGCUUGAGUUGCGUAUUGAAAAUGCAGUGUCAAUGAUAGAAUUUAAAAAUGAAAAAUGUUUUAUUGGGUUAAAACCAAUGAUUUUAUUUGCAGGAUCAUUAUUUGAAUCAUCUCCAAAAUAUCAAUUAUGUAAAUCUAUGUUUCUUGAUUUUUUUCAUGGUCAAACAACAGAUCGGUUGAAUAUUGAAGGUAUUCAGUAUGCUGUAUGUCUUUUAACUGAAGAGCCUACGGAUGAAAAUCCUUUUCCUCCUAUUUUUUUUCGUGUAUACAUGAUUAAAUAUUUAAAGGAAAAACAAGUAGGCUCAAAGAUAGAAUUGGAAGAAAUGGGGCCACGGUAUGAUUUUUCAAUUAAAAGGACUCAUGAAGCAAAUGAGAAAAUGAUGAAAGAAGCUAUGAAAAAACCAAAAAAACAUCUGCCUAAAAUCAAAAAGAAUAUUGACAUUGAUAAAAUGGGUGAUAAAAUUGGACAAAUUCAUUUAGAAAAACAAAAUAUUAAUCAGCUUCAAACACGGAAGUUUAAGGGGUUAAAACGGAAGAUUGAAGAUAGUAUUGAGGAUGAAUCUUUUAAUAAGAAUGGUAAAAAACAUCAUCGAGUUACUUUUAAAGAUGAUUUAACAUUACAUACCUAA